CCCUCUUUACACUUUGAUUCCCUUUGUUCCCGUCCUCGACCUGCUCGUUUCCGCAAGACUUCGACCUCAGACUUACCCGUUCGAGUCAGGCGUCGUCCGAAAGCAUCCGGUGGUAUUCCAUACUCCGCACCCGGCACAUGUCAUCAGCAGCUGCGCUGCAAAGUCUCGCCCAACAUAGCCUCGAUCAUGUGCCGCAGCAGACGGCUUAUAUGACGAGUUUUGUUGCUCCCGUGCUCUCGGUGCUCCAUGGGAUAACUAGCACAUUCCAUCUACACCCUGCUGUGCCGGCGUAGCGCUCGUUUCUUGUGCAAUCCCAAAUAUCUUGCCGCGGCCGGGAAGGAAUGAAGUGGCACACGCUGUUGGCCAUCGCGGCCUCUCUCUCGCUCUCACAGCCGGCGGAUGGUCUAUCAAUAGGACGGAGGCAGGAGGGACUGAAGGUGCUAGGCCUGGAGACUCAGAGGCGGGCGCCUCGGAACCCGGUGCACAGAGACAGGCUAAGGAAACGGGGCGAGCUUCCGAUAGGUCUGGACAAUGAGGAAACACUCUACUUCAUCAACGCGACCGUGGGCACCCCGGCCACGGCGCUGAGGUUACACCUCGACACGGGCAGCAGCGACAUGUGGGUGAACACGCCCACCUCGGCUUACUGCUCGUCGAAAAGCAAGCCGUGCGCCUUCGCAGGCACCUACUCGGCCAACGCGUCCUCGACGAGCGAAUACGUCGGCAGCUACUUCAAUAUCUCGUACGUCGACGGCUCGGGCGCAAGCGGCGACUACGUCUCGGACACGGUCACCAUCGGCGGCCACAAGAUCGACAGGCUGCAGUUCGGCGUCGGCUACCAGAGCACCAACGCGCAGGGCAUCAUGGGCAUCGGCUACCCGCUCAACGAGGUCCAGGUCGGCCGCGCCGGCCUCCGCGCCUACAACAACCUCCCCGCCCAGCUGGUGGCCGACGGGGUGAUCCAAUCCAAGGCCUACAGCCUCUGGCUCAACGACCUCGACGCCAACACGGGCAGCAUCCUCUUCGGCGGCGUCGACGCGGCCAAGUACACGCCCCCGCUGCUCUCACUGCCCGUCGAGCCCCAGUCGGGCGUCUACUCGGAAUUCUUCAUCACCCUCACGGGCCUCCAGCUCGGUAGCACCGCCAUCGGCAGCGACCUCGCGCUGGCCGUGCUGCUGGACUCGGGCUCGUCGCUCACGUACCUGCCCGACUCGCUGGUGCAGUCCAUCUACGCGGCCGUCGGCGCCGUGUACGACAGCGACGCGAACGCGGCGUACGUGCCGUGCGCGCUGGCGGACGACGCCUCGGCCGCGCCGCUCAACUUCACCUUCACGACGGCCACCAUCUCGGUGGCCAUGCGCGAGCUCGUGCUCGACCUGGUGACCUCUUCGGGCCAGCGGCCGACCUUCUCCAACGGCGCGGCCGCCUGCCUGUUCGGCAUCGGCCCCGCCGGCUCCGGCGCCAGCGCCGGCGGCUCCGGCUCGAGCGCCGGCACCAGCGUGCUCGGCGACACCUUCCUCCGCUCCGCCUACGUCGUCUACGACCUCGACAACAACUACGUCUCGCUCGCCCCCACCCGCUUCAACUCGUCCGAGUCGCGCGUGCUCGAGAUCGGCACCGGCACCGCCGCCGUCCCCGGCGCCACCAAGGUCCAGAACCCCGUCCGCGCCACCGAGGGCCUGCGCGGCAGCGGGAACGGCUCCUCCGCGCUUUCGGCUAGCGCCGCGGCGGCGGCAGGCCGAGGCGACGGUCUUGGGUGGGUUUCAGCGCAGAACGGCGUUGGGUGA